AUGAUCAAAGCCAACGCCUUUCAGAUGGCUACACGCCGCUCAUUUUCCAGUUCGGCGGCUGUGAUGCGUGGUGCGGCCGACAAGCGCAUUCCUGUCCAGCUCCUUAAGGACUUCCCCGGCCUCGGCUUUAGAGGCGAGAUUGUCAAGGUUCUUCCCGGUCGCAUGCGCAACCAACUGCACCGCAACAAUGGUGCUGCUUAUGUUCUUAGAGGCGAGGAACUGCGGAUCCCCCUUGUCAAGCGCGAAACUAUCCAGGCCGCCAUUGAUGCCGAAAAAGCUGCUCAGAAGGAGGCCGAACAAAAGGUUUGGGAAGAGAAGCAGCUUGAGCUACAGAAGCGGGCCAAUACCCGUAAGAACUCACGCGAGGAUCUGCUCAAUGCUCUUGAAAGUCUGGGUGACUUGAACAUUGCAUUCCCCACGCUUGCACAAAAGCCUAAUGAACCACAACAACAAGCACAAGAACCAGCAUCACAAGCACAAGAAGAAACUGAAAUAAUACCCGAUUCCACUGAAAAGGCUCAGGUCACCUCUCUUUACUUCCUCGAGACCACCCUUAAAUCUCUUCCCAAGGUUAUCACCAUCUCAGCAGAGGCCAACGGCCAGGGCUUCCUUAGAGCUCCUCUUACGAUCUCCCGCAUCGCCUCUCACAUCAGCGGCCUUCUUGGCGUCGACAUUGAUCCUGCUUCCAUCACACUCCCCAUUGCUGCUCGCACCUCCCAGCGAUUACAAUCUGAGAAGAAUCAGACUGAGAAUCAAUCUGAACAAGCCGCUGCCAUUGACUUUGUUGGCUCUCACCCUCUUACCUUUGUUCUUUCCAACGGCAGAACAAUCUCCAACAUUUUGCGCGUUGCGCCUUCCAACAUUAAUGCCUACAAGUCUCUCGCCAACUGGCAAACACUCACCAGACCCGCCAACACACCAAUCUUGGACAAAUCCUCUGUUACUUCGGCAGAGUCUAAGAAGGCCACUGAGCCUACUGGUGAAAAGAAGCCCAAGACUGAGGAAGGCAAGCAGCAUGCUACCAAGUCCUUUGAAUGGGAAAAUGAUCUUCUCAACAAGAUUUCCCGAUAA